UAUAUUCAAAACUAAACAGUUUUUGGUGGUUAGAUUUUGGGGAAAUGUGCUGAGAAAUGGAAACGCUUUCUGCCGUGGUAAUGAUCUUCUUUUUCUUCAAAGACUUCUCUCUUGUUGCCACACAUCGAGCCUCCUCUGUGUGCUGGACAGAUGCACGAGCACGAAUCUCUCUGGAACUUCUAACACCAUGACAUCAUGCAACAUAUCAUCUCUGCUUUUGCUUAAGUUGAUGUUCAUCACUUUUCUGCCAGUUUUUGAGGCAGCAAAAAUCCAAGUCUCACCUAAAGUAACUGGAUAUGUGGGCCAUACUGUCACUCUGUCAUACCAAUUCAUCAAAACAGAUGAAAACAUUAAAAUCAUUAUGGCUGAGUGGAAGCUCAAACAGCAAGAAGAACAGGACUCCACCAGCAUUGUUGUUUUCUCAAACGAAGAGGGUGUUUCUGUUAAGGACACAUUCCUGAAGGACAGAGUAAAUGUUUCAGAAAAAUCUCUGAUCAUUAGGGAUGUACAGAUGAGAGAUGCAGGACUGUACACCUGCAUCAUUUCAACCUUUCCUCAUGGGUCACUGGAGGGAACCACCAGACUUGUUGUUCAGGAACAGAAGCCGUUAUCAUCAGGGGUGAUGUCAGCUAUUGUUAUAUCCGUCCUCUUGCUGUUAGGAAUCCUUGUAGCCAUUGUUUACCUCCUCUUCAUCAGAAGAGAUGGUUCUUCAGCUAGACACAAUGUCUUCAUUGACACUAAUAGUCCAGUGAGAGAUGUGACCAAGCCAUCUUUCAUAGUUCGAGAGCAGGAUGUGGCCUACUCAGAUGUCAAGCACAAACCAUCCAGGGCUAAACCUUCAUCCAGUGACAGAGUCACGCAGAGCAUGAAGACUGAUGACACGAACUUCAAGGAUGUGGUCUACUCUGACGUUAAGCUCAAACCAUCCAGAGUCACUACUCCUUCGUCUACUGACAGUCUCACACAGUCUGUACACACUGAUGAUGUGAUGUACUCUGAGAUCUUCGUUUCUACCAGUAGAUUUUAAAAAGAUACAGUCGGAGCUGUAGUGACACAGACAAGUCUUCAAGGACGACAGAAACAUGCUCCUGAAACUGCCGUGUUUGAGUUCACAUGUUUGAUAAUCACAGUUUCAUUAUCAGUAACACAAACAUUUUAGCUACCAAGGCUGGGUAAUUUAUCGAGUUUCAAUUUCAAUCACAAUUUUGGCUUUCCACAGGUAUGAAAACAAGAGAAACCUCAUUCAUUGACUGUUGCUGCAUGUUUUACAAUUGUUGUCCACAGGUUUUAUCAUGAGGCAAAUGUUUCUGUAUUUGUUCUUAUAUUUUGACCAUAAACAUAGUUUAUAAAUCUUCCUUUUAUUUGAAUAGCACCAUUCUUGUAAAUGUAUUUUUUCAAUUAAUUUAUUUCCAUUUAUUGCUUGUGUGUCAAAGUGUUAACAAUGUCUUAUCUCAAAUAAAUUCAUGUGAUGCAGGUGGUGUAAAAUCAACAAGUAAUGAUGUUUCAGCCCUGUAAGCCACCCCAGACUAUAUGUCCACUACAGAAUCACAGCAGCUUUCUAGUCCUGUGUACUAUCAAAGUCCCUGUACAGUGAAAUCCAAACUCUGCGUCUUAACACAUUAGAUAUGUUGGAAUAAGGUUUCUGUAAACGUGUGAAAAUACUGUGUGACAGAUUUUUUUUUUAUUUAGACUGUUAGAAAAUUGUUCACCUCUCUCCUAGUUUAGUUUAAUUUGAGUACCCAGUUUGGUUCUAUCUCAGCCCAUGACAAGACCAGUCUUGAUGGGGAAUUAGCCCCCCUAGUACUACAAUGAUAUAAAAACACGGAGCAUCUCAGUAGUCUGUUUUUAGCUGAAGUCGCUGCCCUCAUUGAAAGCUAACAUGCUGUGUUUUUGUUCAUUGUGAGAUAAAUAAUCCAUCAGUCAUGAUGGCCUACGGCUUAAUAGAAGAGAUCAUAACAGAGAAGAGAGAUUUGUACCAGAAAACAGUAAAUUUAGUCUCCAACUUCUGUCUUUCUGGUCUGGCACA